AUGGCCCGCAAGAGCAUCCUCACCGCGUUGGCUGGCGCCUCCCUCGUCGCCGCCCACGGCCACGUCUCCAAGGUCAUCGUCAACGGCGUCGAGUACCAGAACUACGACCCCACCAGCUUCCCCUACAACUCCAACCCUCCCACCGUGAUCGGCUGGACCAUCGACCAGAAGGACAACGGCUUCGUCUCGCCCGACGCCUUCGGCACCCCCGACAUUAUCUGCCACAAAUCCGCCACGCCCGCCGGCGGCCACGCCACCGUCAAGGCCGGCGACAAGAUCUCGCUCCAGUGGGACCAGUGGCCGGACUCGCACAAGGGCCCCGUGAUCGACUACCUGGCCGCCUGCGACGGCGACUGCGAGACCGUCGACAAGACGGCGCUCAAAUUCUUCAAGAUCGACGGCGCCGGCUACGACAAGGGGGUCUGGGCCGCCGACACCCUCGUCAAGGACGGCAACUCCUGGCUCGUCCAGAUCCCCGAAGAUCUCAAGCCCGGCAACUACGUCCUCCGCCACGAGAUCAUGGCCCUCCACAGCGCCGGCCAGGCCAACGGCGCCCAGGCGUACCCCCAGUGCUUCAACCUCAAGGUUGAAGGCUCCGGCUCCAACCUCCCCUCCGGCGUGCCCGGUACCGAGCUGUACAAAGCCACCGACGCCGGUAUCCUCUUCGACAUCUACAAGAACGACAUCUCCUACCCCGUCCCUGGUCCCGCCCUCAUCGCAGGCGCCGCGAGCUCCAUCCAGCAGAGCAGCAUGGCGGCUACGGCUACCGCGUCGGCGACUGUCCCUGGUGCUGGCGCGACUGGUGGUAGCAGCCCUGCUCCUGCUACUACUACCACCGCUGCGGCUGGUGUUACUACUACCGCUGCCGGAGCUACUACUACUAGCCAGGCGCAGGCUCCUACUACCACGCUGGCUACUAGCACCAAGGCUGCUACUACCUCUGCUCCUGCGUCGAGCCAGGCGCAGGCUACUACUACUGCUACUGCUCCUGCGUCGGGAAGCGGUAGCGGUAGCCAGGCCGCCCAGACUAAGUGGGGACAGUGUGGUGGUAAUGGGUGGACUGGUCCUACUGCUUGUACUUACAUAGAUAUUAUAUCCACCAUCUGUCCCCGUCCCUGCUACCGCUUGAGGUACUACCUUGCCCUUCUGCAUUUCCUCGUUCCCGUCCGUGCCAUUUGCCAGGGGAAUCUAGCUGGCGUUGCCGUUUGA